UUUUUACUUUUCUGUCCUUAUCUCUCUUUGUUUCUCUGCCAAAUCUAAGAAUAUAAUGCAAAGAACUCAAUUGGGAGAGGGGAAAAAAAGAUGAAGUUUAGAGAUAGCUUGUAAUAGACAACAAUGGGGUAACUUUGGAAUUGAUGCGGCUGGAGAUUUACCAUCACAGCUGCUGGUCAUCAAAAUCCCAUUUCCUAGAUUUUUGUGUGUGUUUUUGUGGAUUAGUGCUUGUUGAUCUCGAAAGCUUGAAUCAAGUCCCCAUUGCACAUCUUUGGAGUGAUCUUGACUGAGCAGGGGCAAGGGAUCCGGAAUAAAGAUAUAUAAGUGCAGAGAUAAUAGAGUAGAUUGUGUUAUUCUGGCCUGGAUCCAUUAUUUGGGGUUUUGUGACUGGUAUAAAGACCAGGCUUUCACAAAGUCGAAACUGAUUGCACUAUUGUUCUUUGCUGGAGUAAUGGCAACUUUGUCACAUUCGGAGUCUAGACGGUUGUAUUCCUGGUGGUGGGACAGCCAUAUUAGCCCUAAGAAUUCUAAAUGGCUUCAGGAUAAUCUUACAGACAUGGAUUCUAAAGUUAAAGCAAUGAUCAAAUUGAUCGAAGAAGACGCGGAUUCGUUUGCAAGAAGAGCAGAAAUGUACUAUAAAAAACGUCCGGAGCUCAUGAAAUUAGUUGAAGAAUUUUAUAGAGCGUACCGUGCAUUAGCAGAGAGGUAUGACCAUGCAACCGGGGAGCUUCGCCAUGCCCAGAAAACCAUGGCUGAAGCCUUUACCAACCAUGUUCCUUUCGUACUGGCUGAUGAAUUACCCUUGGGCUCUUCAGGCCCUGAGGCUGAGCUUUACACACCGGACACACCACACCAAAUUCGUGCGUUCUUUGAUUCAGAUGACUUGCUAAAGAACUCUGGAAUAAACAAAAGGGGUUUAAAGCAGUUGAAUGAGAUAUUCGAGUUCGGAAAAGUGCCUCCAAAAGCCAACAUUGCCGAAGCAAGAAUGAAGGGGGCGAAUGAUGGUGGAGCUGAGGAAAGUGAGCACAGUGGGUUUUCUCAGUUAUCAAUUGAGAAUCAAAAUCUGAAGAACCAAGUUCUUUCCGAGUCUCAAUGUGCAGAUAAAGCUGAAACCGAAGUAGAAUUCUUGAAGAAAACUCUUGCCGAGAUUCAAGCUGAAAAGGAAGACGUCCUUCAGCAGUACCAACAGAGUUUAAAGAAGUCAUCUAGCCUGGAGAGUCAACUUAGUGAGGCACAUACGUAUUCCACGAAUCUUGACGAACAAGCCAGCAAAGCUGAAAUCGAAAUCAAAGUAUUGAAGGAAGCACUAAGUAAAUUGGAUGCUGAGAGAGAUGCCAGUCUUCAUCAGUACAACCAGUGCUUGGAAAGAAUAUCCAGCAUGGAGAAUACUAUUUCCCAAUCCCAAGUGGAUGUGAAAAGGCUUAACGAGAGGGCUUUCAAAGCAGAAAUUGAAGCUCGGAAUCUUAAGAUAGAGCGUUUUAGAUUAGAGGCUGAAAAGGAGGCUGGUCUUCUUCGAUACAAGCAGUGUCUUGAGAUGAUAUCUUCGUUAGAAAAUAAAAUUUCACUUGCUGAAGAAAACGCAGAAAUGCUCAACAUGCAAAUUGAAAGAGCUGAAAGCAAAGUUGAAGCACUAAAAGAUGCUCUUGCAAAGCUGAAAGAAGAGAAAGAUACCGUGGCUCACCGGUAUGAGCAGUGCUUGGAAACAAUUGCCAAGUUGGAGAGCGAACUUUCUUGCGUCCAAGAGGAGUCAAAACGCUUAAACAGUGAGAUUCUAAUCAAUGCUGAAAAAUUGAGGAGUGUGGAAGAGCAGCGUGUUCUUCUGGAGAAAUCGAAUCAAUCUUUACUAGCAGAGGCCGAUAAUCUGGUACAGAAAAUAGCAAUCAAGGAUCGAGAACUUUUGGAGAAGCAACAGGAGUUGGAGAAACUUCAGACAUCACUACAAGACGAGCAUCUAUGGUUUGUGCAAGUCGAAGCUACAUUGCAAACGUUACAAAAGUUGAAUUCGCAAUCUCAAGAGGAGCAGAGAGUUUUGACAUCAGAGCUUCUAAAUAAGCUUCAAAAGUUGAAGGAGUUGGAAGUAAGCAACCGAAAAUUGGAAGAAGAAAUUCAGCAAGUGCAAGGUGAAAAUCAGAACCUCAAUGAAUUAAACAGUUCUUCUGCCGUUUCAAUAAAAAGUUUGGAAGAGGAAAUUUUCGGCUUGAAGGAACUGAAAGAAAAACUUGAAAAUGAGGUCGCAGUACAAAGUGAACGAAGUAAUAUACUCCAGCAAGAGGUUGACAAAUUGAAGGAUGAAAUCGAGGUGUUGAGUAACGCAUACCAGGCAUUAAUUCAGCAGCUGUUGUAUGUAGGUUUAAAUCCGGAAUGUCUAGAAUCAUUGUUGAAGGAGUUGCAAGACGAGAACUCAAAGCUGAAGAAAGAAUGCGGCAAACAAAGAGGUGAGACCGAGGUUCUUUAUGAGAGACUGAGAGGCAUGGAUGACCUUUCGGAGAAAAAUGCUGUUUUGAGAAGUUCACUGUCGGUAUUGAAUGGCAAAUUGGAAGGGUCGAGGGAGCUUGUUGAGGAAUUACAGAAGUCGCGUGAACUUCUUCGAGGAGAAAAAUCUUCGCUUGAUGCUGAGAAAUCCACCCUUCUUUCUCAAUUACAGAAAAUGACCGAGAAUAUGCAGAAGCUCUUGGAGAAAAACACAGUGCUGGAAAAUUCCCUUUCUUGUGCUAAUAUUGAGCUCGAAGGUUUGAGAUCAAAGUCAAAGACCUUAGAAGAAUUCUGCCAUUAUCUCAGAAACGAGAAAUCCAAUAUUGCAGGUGAAAGAGAGAGCCUGAUCUUGAAGCUAGAGACUGUUGAAAAGAGGCUAUGCAUCCUGGAAUUCCGAUUUGAUAAACUGGAGGAAAAAUAUUCUGACCAGGAGAAGGAGAAAGUAUCUACACUCUCUCAGGUGGAGCACUUACAUGAUUCCCUCGGUGUGGAACAACAAGAGCACGCCUGUUAUGUUCAGUCAAGUGAAUCUCGGUUAGCAGAUCUCAAAAACCAUGUCCAUCUACUGCAAGAAGAAAGUAGGUUCCGAAAGGAGUUUGAAGAAGAGAUUGAUAAAGCUGUCAAGGCUCAGGUUGAGAUCUUCAUCUUCCAAAAAAUCGUAAAAGAUCUUGAGGAAAAAAACUUGUCUCUGUUGAUUGAAUGUCAGAAACAUGUUGAGACAUCCAAAUUGUCGGAUAAACUGAUCAGGGAGAUGGAGAGUGAAAGUCUUGAGCAGCAGAUAGAAGGCGAAUUCCUAUUGGAUGAAAUCGAAAAACUAAGAUCCGGGAUUUAUUUAGUUUUCAAGGCUCUUCAGUUUGAUCCUGUUAACGGUCAUCGGGACGUGUUUGAAUCAGAUCAAGUUCCCUUUUCACGCAUUCUGGAUAAUGUUGAAGACCUAAAGAGUUCACUAUCGAUAAACCAUGAGGAAAAGCAACGGCUGGUUGUUGAGAACUCUGUUCUGUUAACUUUGAUUGGACAACUUAAAUUUGAGGGCAGUGAACUUGUGUCAGAGAACCAAGCCCUUGAGUGUAAGGUUGAGAUCAUGGAAAAGCAGAAUGCAAUGCACCAGAAAGACAAUCAGGAGCUUCUAGAGAUGAAUCGGCGGUUGAUGCUGGAAGUGCGUGAUGGGAACUUGGAGAAAGAAAUAUUAACUGCCGAAUUGGAGAUUGAACGUGGACAGUUGAUGAGCAUGCAUGGAACUUGCUUACUACUAGAGGAGGAAAAUUCCCAGCAGCUCGAAGAAAACAGGCUUUUUCUCGAGAAAAUUUCGGACCUGAUAGAGGAUAUCCGUAUUCUUGAAGACCAGAACAGUAUUCCCCUGCAAGAAGUAGUAGCCCUUAGCAGUCUUUCUGUUGUUUUUGAGACCUUUGGUGCUGAGAAAACAGUUGAAAUUGCAAAAUUGGAGGAGAAGUUGGACAAGAAAGAAGCUGAAAUUUCGGAUUUGAAUGAAACCGUUGAAAAGCUGCACAAGGAGCUAUAUGCUGUCAAAGAUUUAAACGACCAAUUAAACUAUCAACUAGUUAUUGGUAAUGAUUUGCUAAGACAGAAGACAGUCGAGCUUUCGGAAGCCGAUGAAAAACUUCAGGCUGCACAUGAAUUGAAUGCAGAACUGUACCAGACCCUUGAGGAACUGAAGAUGGAAUGUGAGGAAUCUAAAAGGAUUCGAGUAAAUUUAGAGAAACGGAUUUGUGAACUAUCCGAAGAUAGCAAAGAGCAGAAAAUGGAAAUUGAACACCUUCGUGAAGAAAAUGACGAUUUGAGUUCUGAAGUUGUUACAUUACGGAAGGAAAUUGAAGAACAGAAGAUGCAUGGAGAAAACCUGAGCCUAGAGCUGCAAGAAAAAAGCAACGAGUUCGAGCUGUGGGAGGCUGAGGCUGCAUCAUUUUACUUUGAUUUCCAUGCUUCUGCCAUCUCCGAAGUUCUACUCGAAAACAAAGUACGCGAGCUUACUGAAGUUUGCGGGACUCUUGAAGAAGAAAAUGCUGCAAAAAGCGAUCAAAUAGGACAUAUGAAGGAAACGGUCGAGUUCUUGGAAACUGAAAUCGGAGGGUUGAAGGUCCAGAUGUCUGCAUAUGUUCCGGUCAUAGCUUCACUGAGAGACGGUAUAACGUCCCUUGAGCAUAAUGUCCUUAUUCAGCCAAAGCUUUGUGUUCCAAGUGAUGAUGAAGAAAAGGAUGUAGAAAUGGCAGAUGAACUUCAUGAAAUGAGCUCUGAGAAACUUGAAGAAGGACAAAGUGCUUUUCUGACGGCUGGGAUUUCGGACUUGCAGGAGAUGCACACUAGGCUUAAAGCAGUUGAAAAGGCAGUGGUGGAAGAGAUGAGCAGGCUUAUGAAGCAAAAAAGUAAUCAAAACAGCCAUGAAACAGAUGCUCCAUCUAAUGGCAUCGAGCCCCCACGUCAAGAAACGAAGAAAGGUAUGCAAGUCGGUGAUGAGCUUGCUCGGAAUCUCAAGGCAAAGAAGACGAAACCUGGGAUUACUGAAACUAGAAAUUGGAUGUUGUUGAAAGAUAUUCCCCUUGAUGAAGUCUCAGAUUCUUCGUUAUGCAGAAGGAGCAAGAGAGAGACAGGCACGGCUGAUGAUCCAAUGCUCGAGCAAUGGGGGUCUUCGGAGUAUGAAUGCGGUGUUGAUUCACAACUCAAUGACAUGCAAGAACGGGCGAUGGUGCCUGGGGAGAUCGUUGCUUCUCAUCAGUUUAGUGAUGUAGACCAGAAAACCGAUAGUUCUUUGGGAACACCGGUGGACAAGGAGCCGAGCAUUGAUAAGCUUGAGAUUUCAACCAGCAUUAGAGAGCCUAAGAAUGGAGCAAAAAGCAAAAAGGUCUUAGACAGACUUGCUUCCGAUGCUCAUAAAUUGAUGAGUCUCCGAACUAACGUCAAACAGCUGAAGAAGAGAAUGGAGGUCAAGAAGAGGAAGAAAGCUUUUGAUUUAGAGUACGCACAAGUUAAAGAGCAAUUGCAGGAGGUGGAGGAUGCAAUCACGGAGUUGCUGAAUGACAACAGUGAAUCGGUCAAGGAUAUUAAAGGGAGUUCUUCACCUUUCCAUGGGACAAACACAACCGAUUUGGAAGAACCCGGAGAUGGUGACUUGAAGAAAGUGCGAGAGCGGGCACAAAAAGGGUCUGAAAAGAUUGAAAGGCUUCAGUUCGAGGUCCAGAGCAUAGAAUAUGUUAUGCUGAAACUCGAAGAUGAAAGGAAGAGCAAAGGGAAAACCCGAACGGGUGUCCUCUUGAAGGACUUCAUCUACAGCGGCGGAAGAUGGAGCGGAAGGCGAAAGAAGCCUUGUUUUUGUGGGUGUACAAGACAUUCUAGCAGUGUAGACUGAGGCUACCAUUCACAAACACAGAAAAGCUUGUUGUUCCCAUGGAAAUUUCCUGGUAUGAUUAUGCUUAGUAUCUAGCUUUUAGAACAAUGUAGGAAUUAGUCCUCUGAUGUAAUCAGUUAAUAAGCUGCGUCCAGGCACUUCUCUUUUCGAGUAUUCUCAAACUAGUACAACUUCCUUGUACAUAUAUCCACAAAACCCCAAUCCCCACAGUUGAGCU